AUGUCUGAUAAUGAAUUAGAUGAACUUCUUUUACAAUUAAAAGAUGCAUGUAAAAAAAAUCGUCAUCAUUCAUCAAAUGAUAUAACUCUUAAUACAAUACUGAAAAAGAUUGAUGUCUUUAUUAAUCGACGACAAAUGAAAUUACUUAAUCAUCAAAAACGUCUUGAUGAUUUACAACGUGAUUUAUUAUUAUCUGAAUGUGAAAGUUCACGAAAUCGUGUAGCAUUAGAAAAGAAAGAUUUUGAAGUUAAUCAAUUACAUAUGAUGCUUAAUAAAGCUGAACAAACUACUCAAAAUAUAAUGACAAAAUAUGAUAAUGAAAUGCAAUAUUUAACAAAACAACUUUCCAAUGUACAAUCAGAAUAUGAACGAAUGACCAUGAUACAUAAAAAUAAUGAAGAAAAUAGAUCAAUAAAUGAUGCAUUAAAUGAGAUCACUCGUCUACGAGAAUUCAAUAAAAUGCUUGAAAUUGAUAAUCAACGUUUAUAUACUGAAAAUGAUCAAUUAAAACAAGAUCAUCAUUAUAAUGAUCUCAAAUUAAUCAAUUCGUUACAACGCAGUAACCAACAACCAUCGACAUUGUUUGAAUCUAAAAUAAAAACUCUUGAAAAAGAUCUUGAUUUUUAUAAACAUCGUUCUAAUCAACAGUCUGAUGAAAUAGAUAAACUUCGUUUAUCGUUAAAUAAUAGUGAACAACAAUAUAAUUCUCUUCGAUUAGAAUUACAACGUAUACAAACCGAAAAAGAAAUACUUCAAAUACAUUUACUUGAAGAAAAUCUACUAAAAAGUCCAUCAACUAUAUUUAAAGAUUUUCAAAAUAUUGAUUAUGAAAAUUUUAUUCGAAAAGAACUUGAAACAAAUAUUGAUCAAGCAAAUAAAUUAAUCAAUUAUUGGAAUAGUCAUAAACAAAUUUUAGAAGGUAAAAUUCAACAAUUAACAAAUGAAAUAGAUCAAUUAAAAAAAGAAAAUAAAAACAAUGAUUUAUCUGUAAAAAUAUAUCAAUGUAAUGAAAAUGUUCUUUAUGCUAAACGUGAAAUGAAUACAUUACAAAUGGAAAUAACUGAUAAAAAUACAAUUAUUUAUAAUUUAUAUAAAAAAAUUGAAUGUCUCGAACAAGCAUUAACAAUGUCAAAACAACGAAUGAAUGCACAAUUAAAUGAAAUUGAAGAACUUCGUUCAAAAAAACCGAUGAUGACAUCUUCAAUAGCACCACAAAGAAUUAAACAAACUUCAAUAUGUAUCGAUGGAUUAUCAACAGAUGAUGAAGGUCAAAUACGUCAUUCGAUUGAUCUCAAUCAAAAUUUAUAUACAAGUUCACCUAUACUAUCUACUAAUAUACAUAAGUAUUUUCAUCAUGUCGAUAGUAGUUCUUCAUCAAGAUUAUAA